UGUACUUGCUGUGCCAAACUGAUCCCGCCGUGCGGGCGGGUCGAUAGAAAAUCGCACGGAUUUAUUGGCAGUUCCGCACAAGAACUGCGCCACUCUUAAGCAGAGGACUUCGCAGAAAGUGGAUAUGGCUUUUUGUACAAUGCUUCUGGGAAUCGCCUUUAAAGACUGUCCUUUUUCACAGUCUUCCCUGGAUUUCCACAAAACUGGAAGUUUUUGUACGUAGGAAUAAUUGCGAGACGCACCACGCAGUGGGAGCCGGGGGGGGGGGGUGAACCAGGUGAAAAAGCCCGUUUAAAUUUGUUUGGGGAACUAGUUAAAAGCGUAAGAAAAGCCCUCUUGGAACUGGCCAAAAGUCAAUCGACCCGAAUAGCUUGCUUCUCACAGCGGCCAUUCAGAUGUCUCUAGGAGGAUACCCCAUCAGGAGGUCCUCCCUAACGACUGCUGUGUCUUGCUUUGAAAAGUGGAGGUUCUAUGUAAGCAGCGUGGUAGAUCUUUUGCAGUUCUAGGGGGCAGGAAAACGGAAAGCACGCAAACGACAUAAAACUGGAAGGUAUCUGUCCUAUCUUAUCAACCGUUCCUCUUGAACUGCAAAGAGGCUAACCAUGUUCUACAUGGAUUGCCCAAUCUGCGACCCAACUGAAUCCGAGAAGACCAAAACUUCUAUUUAUCUAUCUCAAAAGACGGAGGUUCCUCAACCCCCUAAGUGAGGCAACUAUGUCAGCAUUUGAGGAAACUUCCUCCUCCAGGAUGUUUAAUCCCGGAGAUCAAUAUCGCUCUCUGACUUCGUACCUAGGGCAUGUGGUUCCCAAUCGCUUCUGAGGCUACGACAAGAUCAUCACGAUCCUCUCUGUAGGCGGAGUUUGGGGUCCCCUCCUGCGAGCAGCUACCGCAGCCUUAGAAUUCAUCAUGCGAUAGGCUGGACUGGAUGAAUCCCAAGCCGGAAUUAAGAUUGCUGGAAGAAAUAUCAACAACCUCAGAUAUGCUGAUGACACAACCUUGAUGGCAGAAAGUGAGGAGGAAUUAAAGAACCUUUUAAUGAGGAUGAAAGAGGAGAGCACAAAAUAUGGUCUGAAGCUCAACAUCAAAAAAACUAAGAACAUGGCCACCGGUCCCAUCACCUCCUGGCAAAUAGAAGGGGAAGAAAUGGAGGCAGUGAGAGAUUUUAUUUUCUUGGGCUCCUUGAUCACUGCAGAUGGUGACAGCAGUCACGAAAUUAAAAGACGCCUGCUUCUUGGGAGAAAAGCAAUGACAAACCUAGACAGCAUCUUAAAAAGCGGAGACACCACCUUGCUGACAAAGGUCCGUAUGGUUAAAGCUAUGGUUUUCCCAGUUGUGAUGUACGGAAGUGAGAGCUGGAUCAUAAAGAAGGCUGAUCGCCGAAGAAUUGAUGCUUUUGAAUUAUGGUGCUGGAGGAGACUCUUGAGAGUCCCAAGGACUGCAAAAACAUCAAAAAUAUCCAUUCUUAAGGAAAUCAGCCCUGGUUGCUCACUGGAAGGACAGAUCCUGAAGCUGAGGCUCCAAUAUUUUGGCUACCUCAUGAGAAGAGAAGACUCCCUGGAAAAGAUCCUGAUGUUGGGAAAGAUGGAGGGCACAAGGAGACGGGGACGACAGAGGACAAGAUGGUUGGACAAUGUUCUCGAAGCUGUGAACAUGAGUCUGACCAAACUACAGGAGGCAGUGGAAGACAGGAGUGCCUGGUGUGCUCUGGUCCAUGGGGUCACGAAGAGUCAGACAUGACUAAACAAUAACAACAAAAACAGUAGGGUCUGUGAAGUCACAGUGCCCGGCAAUAUAACAAAGAUACUGCACUGUAUGCAUGUUGCAGCAGUGGAUCAUUAUUUAUUUGGAUCUUUAUGGGUCUUGAGAAUUUUGAUAUACUGUUUCAAAUAUGUUUCAGAGCUUUCAGAACCAUGUAAUAAUAGAUUAUAUCCUUUCUGAGAAUACUUGUUUAAAUAGUUGUGUUGGUCAACAGUUCUCAAAUCAUAGGUUUCUCCUCUCAUUGCUGAAGUAGGGAACCACCAAAAACAUUGCCUAGUUUGGGCUUGUAGAAAGGAUUGGCCAUUUUACCUAGAUUAUUCUGAUUAAUUCUCUGACAAAACCCUGUGCUCUCUUCAUAGUCCAACAUGUCUAGAAGAAAUCUAACCCUAACUCACAUACCCCUUUUAGGGAGAUGCUA